AUGGCAGCCGCGCAAACAAAGUCGUUCAACGUACGUGUGGACCCAUCCACUACAAUUACCGAUGGAGAUGAACCAGAUACACAAAUCAGCAAGAAAGCCCCCGAGCGUCAUGGUUGGCUGCACUGGCACGACCCUGGUACUUCCAAAGCUGAAAAAAGGCUUAUUUUCAAACUCGACUGGUUCCUACUGAGCUUUGGAUGCCUUUGUUUCUUCAUCAAGCAGCUGGAUGGGAACAACAUCUCCAAUGCCUACGUUUCCGGCAUGAAGGACGAGCUUGGAUUUGGUCCAGGCAACGAGCUGAGCUGGAUGAACACCUUUUUCAACAUUGGCCAAAUUGUCGGCGGCCCUUGGGUCAACCUGGUCAUAUCCGUUGUCCGUCCUCGAUACUGGCUCACCUCCUGCCUCCUGAUUUGGUCCAUUUUCGUCCUGUUUCUUUACAAAUGCAACACGGCAAAACAGUUUUAUGCUUUGAGAUUCUGCAUUGGUCUCUUUGAGUCUGCCGCGUGGCCAGGAAUCCAGUACGUGCUCGGAUCGUGGUACAAGAAGUCGGAGCUGGCCCGGCGCAGCUCUCUAUUCGUCAUGUCCGGCGUACUCGGCCAGAUGUUUUCAGGGUACCUGCAGUCCGCACUGUACAAAGGGAUGCAAGGAAAAGGUGGCCUCUCUGCAUGGCGUUGGCUUUUCAUCUUCGAUUUCCUGCUUAGCAUUCCGGUUGUUAUAUAUGGACUUAUUUUCUUUCCUGACACUCCCCAAACCACCCAAGCAUUCUACCUCACCGAGUGGGAAAAGAAAAGGUCCAUCGAGCGCAUAGAUUCGGAAGGCAGGUCGCCAGUGGGGAAGUUCGAUUACACGGUCUUCCGAAGAAUCUUCAUGUCCUGGCAGCUCUACACGUUCUCUCUAGCCUGGUUCCUAUGGUCUUUCACAGCGGGCUCCUACAUCAUCCAAUUCUUCCAGCUCUGGCUGAAAGCAGAACACUACCCCGUGACGCAGAUCAACAACAUCCCGACCGCCCUCGGAGCCGUCAACUUCUUCUUCAUGAUCUCGACCGGCAUCGUCUCGGACAAGCUCGGCCGCCGCGGUCCGGUCGCGCUGGCCGUGGGCACGCUGCUCGCGCUGUGCUACGCCGUUUUCGUCGUCUGGCACGUCCCGUCCAAGCUGAAGAUGGCCGCCUUCAUCCUGUCGGGGUGCUACGGGUGCUUCUCCCCGCUGCUCGCCGGCUGGGCCAACAGCGUGUGCGGCGGCGACCAGCAGUUGCGGGCGUUCCUUCUCGGCUUCAUGAACAGCUUCGGCAACGGGCUCGUCAUCCCGUACCAGCAGUACGUCUUUCCGAGCUCGAAAGCGCCUCAGUUUGCUGGCACGCACGCGUGGACGUCGGGGCUGGUCUUCGUUGUUUUGUUGACGCUUGCGUGCGGGUUUGGGAUUGAUUUUGUUCAGGGCUUCUUUGAGAAAAGGAAGGACACUACUGGCGAAGAUCACUCUGACGAAGCUUGA